AUGACGGACUCGGCGAUGAGUAGACAACUGGGGCCAACGAUACCAAUGACUGCUGUCGAAGAUGUGGUGGGGGCCAGAAUGGCUGCAAGGACCAGGAAAAUUAAUGGCGACAUCAACUAUAAAGAGAAAGAAGUGUACGAUUUGACUGCUGACACGUUAGAUUCUGACGAUGACGAUGACGAUAAAGAUGGCGAUGUCAAGGAUGAUGCUCCCGUGUGGUUGCAAGAUGAUGUGCAUUCCGACGAAGAUAUUGAGCUGGACUCAGAGGACGAUGCCGACACAGAGGCUGUGCAGGCUCAGGUGGUGGAUAAGUUGGCUAAAGAUACGAAAUUGGAAGAAGACGCUUCAGAUGAUGAAGUCUCUGAAUUGGACACUAAGACUGUUUCAUUGAAACUAAAGAAACUGAACGAGUUCGUGAGGCAGAGCCAAGUAUAUUCCAGCAUUAUUGCAGACACGUUGCUGCAAAGAUCUAACGAGGUGGUUCAAUCUAAUGCUAAGAGCGAAGAGCAUUCUGCAAAGAAACGUAAAACUAAAAAGAAAUCCAUAACCGAUUUCUUUAAAAAGCAGAAAAAUCCCGAGGCAGCCGUCGUCCCAGAUAAUGCACCGGAUGAUAUGGCUAUAAAGCAGCCUCACCUUUUGAAAAACUGUACUUUGAAGCCGUACCAAUUAGAAGGCCUUAAUUGGCUGAUUACUCUUUACGAAAACGGGCUCAAUGGGAUUCUUGCUGACGAAAUGGGCCUAGGUAAGACUGUUCAAAGUAUUGCUCUCUUGGCAUUUAUAUACGAAAUGGAUACAAAGGGUCCCUUUUUGGUGACUGCUCCCUUGAGCACGCUAGAUAAUUGGAUGAACGAGUUUGGGAAAUUCGCGCCUGAUUUACCAGUCUUGAAAUAUUAUGGAGCCAAUGGCUACAAGGAGCGUUCCACCAAAUUAAAGAAUUUCUUUAAACAAAACGGCGGGACUGGUAUCAUUAUCACCUCAUAUGAGAUUAUUCUAAGAGAUACUGAUUUGAUCAUGAGUCAAAAUUGGAAAUUCUUAAUCGUCGAUGAAGGUCAUCGUUUGAAAAACGUAAACUGUAGAUUGAUUAAAGAACUGAAAAAAAUCAAUACUUCCAAUAGACUACUAUUAACAGGGACGCCUUUGCAGAAUAACUUGACUGAACUGUGGUCACUUUUAAAUUUCAUAAUGCCUGACAUAUUUGCUGAUUUUGAAAUCUUCAACAAAUGGUUUGAUUUUGAUAGUUUGAACUUGGGAUCUGGCGCCAAUUCUGAAGCACUUAAUAAGCUAAUCAAUGAUGAAUUACAAAAAAAUUUGAUUUCCAAUUUGCACACCAUCCUAAAACCAUUUCUCUUGAGGAGAUUGAAGAAAGUUGUCUUGGCAAAUAUCCUACCGCCAAAGAGAGAAUAUAUCAUAAACUGUUCAAUGACACCGGCACAAAAGAAAUUUUACAAAGCUGGUCUAAAUGGGAAAUUAAAGAGAACCAUGUUUAAGGAAUUGAUCAAAGAAUUUUUCACUUUAAAUGAUGAAUAUAUCGGUCAUAUUUCUAAUAAGUCCAUAAGAGAUUUUAUAGACUAUAAAUUAUCCGUCAGUAUAGAUUCAAGUACAAAAAGUGGAAUCAACUCGACUGUGUUACAAAUGGAUAAGUUAUACAAGGAGCACUUACAAGUGGAGGUUUCGAAUAAAAAAUUACAAAACAUGAUGAUGCAACUAAGACAAAUCAUUGAUUCUACGUAUUUGUUUUAUUUUCCGUAUUUGCAUCCUGAGGAUUUAAGUUUGGAAAAUCUUUUAAAAACAUCAGGAAAAUUACAAGUUCUGCAAAUAUUGAUCCCACCAUUAAUAUCCAAGGGACAUAAAGUCCUCAUUUAUUCUCAAUUCGUCAAUAUGCUUGAUUUGCUCGAAGAUUGGUGCGAGCUAAAUUUCUUUGAAACAUUUCGAAUCGACGGUUCAGUGAAUAAUGAGACGAGAAAAGCUCAACUAGAGAAAUUCAAUAACUCUAACGAUAAGCACAAUAUCUUUCUGUUAUCCACAAGAGCCGCAGGGCUGGGUAUCAACCUAGUCGGAGCGGACACGGUUGUUUUGUUUGACAGUGAUUGGAACCCACAGGUGGACUUACAAGCCAUGGACCGAUGCCAUCGUAUUGGCCAAGAAACACCAGUAAUAGUGUACAGAUUAUGCUGUGAUAAUACGAUUGAACAUGUCAUAUUAACUAGAGCGGCUAAUAAGCGGAAUUUGGAAAGAAUGGUUAUUCAGAUGGGAAAAUUUAACAACUUGAAAAGAUUGGCACUAAAUGAAGGCUCAUUUUUGAAAACAAAUAAGCCAGGGGCGAACGUUACUAACAAAGAUUUAGUUCAAGAACUGUCUAUGCUGUUAUUGAGUGACGACUCCAGUAUCGGAUUUCGAAAUAGGAGGAAAGGGGGAAACAAUGCCGCUGAGGGCCAGCUGACCGAUGAGGAGGUCAAGGAAUUAACUGACAGAUCACUCGAGGCAUACAAGUCUAAUAGGGCAGUGAACUUACCUCACGUCAGACUAUUCGAAACCACCUCAGGGCUUUAG